AUGGGUUUGGGAGCUAAGAUCAAGAACGCUCUCCACAGUGACGACCACCCUCAAAAGACCACAUAUGAGGGUGAACAGCCACCCGGAGCAUUUCCCUCCGACUCUACCACAGCUGGAACCACCAAACACACUACUGGUGGAUACACUGGAGGAACUACCGGUACCACAGGCACCACCGGAAGCCAUACAACGGGUACCACCGGCACUGGCACUCAUCACACCAGCAACACCACCACUGGCUACAAUGAUCCCGAUGGAGUUCACGGCCCUCACUCCGGAAGAGCUGCAAACAAGGUUGAUCCCAGAGUCGACUCGGAUCGCGACCACCGUGGUGCUCCUACUGCAGGCUUGACCGGUAACAACACCUAUGGCAAUACCUACGACAACACCACCAGCACCGGUCACGCCGGAGGCCUGCACAGCAACCCUCACGGCACUACUGGAGGUAUUGGAGGCGUCGCCGGCAACACCACCACCGGCUACAACGAUCCCGAUGGAGUUCACGGCCCUCACUCCGGAAGAGCUGCAAACAAGGUUGAUCCCAGAGUCGACUCGGACCGUGACCAUCGCGGUGCGCCUGGCGCCGGCCUCACCGGCACCCACCGUCCUCACGACUCCGGUGUCGAAGUCGCCCACGGCGUUGGGCACAACAAGCCCUACAAGGGCGACUACCUUGCCAACGCCGAGCGUUCCAACGCUCAAGACCCCUACUGGGGUGACGUCGGCCGAGAUGGUGCUGCCGUCAAUAAGGAUCUCCCUCUACGUCCCAAUGAGUCUGCCGUUGGCCACGGAGGUCCUCAGGCCGUUGGCGGAGGUCAAUACAACCCUGCGGCGUCCACUCACCACGACCCUGCCUCCAGCGUCGACCGCUCCAUGGAGGGCCGCGACUUCACUCACCCCCACGGCUCCGGCGCCGGAGUCGGUAGUGCCGGCGGUGACCCCUACAGCGGUGUUCACAACGCUGCCCACAACCCUCAGGCAGCCCUGGCCGGCGGCAACGUCAACGACCCGUACGAUACUCGCAUGAGAGAUAGAGACAUGGGCCGUGAGCGCACCGGACACGGAGCUGCUGGUGCUGGCAUCGGCGCCGGCGUUGGCGCUGGUGCUGCCGUGGCUGCUGGCCAAGCUGCCCACAGACAUCACCGCGAUGACAUGCACGAGUCUGGCAUCGCUGGCACCAACACUGUUGGCGGCGUCAACUCUCCCGUUGGCCACAGCACCCACGGAACCCACGGCGCCAUCACUGGAACCCACGGUGGUGUCACUGGCACCCAUGGCGGUGUUCACGAUCACCACCGCUCCAGCCUGACUGGCAACGAGCCUGGUGUCCCCAAGUCUAGCAUGCUUGACCCCUACAACGAAUCUCCUACUAGCACCCACGGCACCCACAGCAACGUUGCUGGCGCUGGACUCGGAGGAUACACUGGAUCUUCUGGUUUGAACCAAGGUAUGCAAUCUUCCCAUGUCCCUGGCACCACCGGCCUGGGACCCCGAGGAAUGGGCCCUGACCAUUAUGGCCCAGGACAUGACGGAGCCAAGGUUUUCCACACCUGCACCAGGUGCGGCGAGGACAAUGAUAUCAGCAGAUAUUUCAAGAAGGAUGCUGUUUACCGUAUGAACUAA